AUGUCUGAAGGUCCCAUCUCUAUUAGCUCCCCGGAGCAGUUCAACAGCCUUUUGAAAUCCUCCAAGAUUGUUGUCGCCGACUUCUAUGCCGACUGGUGUGGUCCUUGCAAGCAAAUUGCGCCACUCUACGAACAACUCGCCAAGUCGCUGUCCCGCCCCAACGCCGUGACUUUUGUCAAGAUCAACAGCGAUGAGCAAACCGAAAUCUCCAAGGAAUAUGGCGUCUCAGCUCUACCCACAUUCCUCGUCUUCAAAAACGGGAAAUUAGAGGAUACAGUCAAGGGAGCGAACCCCCAACAGCUGUCCGCGAUUGUCAGCAAGCUUAUUCAGGAAGCCGGACCUAGCAGCGAGACCUGGCGCGGCGCCGAGAUUCCUCGAGGCUACAGCGACAUCACAGAUCAGAUUGAGCGCAGGAACAUUGAGCUUUUGAAUGCAGAUGAGGAUGCUGGUCCGGUCAAGGUUCUGUUCGAAGAAUCGAAACCGAGUGUGCUUGACAAGGAAAAGACCCCCAGCAAGGACUAUGUGCAGAGUGGUGCUGAUGACCAGUUGCUUCUCUUUAUUCCUUUCGGGUCUUCGGUCAAGCUACAUACUCUCCAGUUAACUUCUAUAAUCCCCGAGGGAGAAGAUGACGCUCCUGCUCGACCCGGCACGAUUCAUUUAUUCAUCAACAGGCCGCAGAACAUGGACUUCAGCGAGGCUGAUAGCACCGACCCAACGCAAGCCAUAGAAAUUCAGCCCGAGGACUGGAACAGCGACGGGACAGUCAGCAUCGGACUGCGUUACGUUAAAUUCCAGAAGACAAACUCGCUCAUCAUCUAUGUCAAGGAGGGCGAUGGAGAGGCAGAGACCGUACGACUUGACCGUGUCAAACUCAUCGGCGAGGCAGGGCCCAAGAGGGAAUUGGGGAAGCUCCAAAAGAUCAGCGACGACGAGUAG